AUGUCCAUGAUGAUGGGCCCAACACGCUGGAUUGGCACCUCCCGCUCGGCCCUCGCUGCCGCCCGCCGUCCCCGCGCCGUUGCUGCCGUCGUGACACUGCCGCUCCGCUCAGCACGUAUUCGCACUUUUGCGUCCGAGGCUGAGGAGCCCUUCAACCCCGACGAGGUCGAGCGCGCGACCGAUGAGGUGGAUGUCUGCAUUGUCGGUGCUGGACCAGCAGGUCUCUCGGCUGCCAUCCGUCUCAAGCAGCUCGACAAGGACGACUCGCUGCGUGUUAUUGUCCUCGAGAAGGGCUCGGAGCCUGGUAACCACAUUCUCUCUGGCGCGGUCCUUGAGCCUCGCGCACUCGACGAGCUCAUCCCGGACUGGAAGGAGCUCGGUGCGCCGCUCAACCAGCCGGCGCUGCACGACUCGAUGAAGUUCCUUACUGGCUCGAUGGCCAUCCCCAUGCCCCACCCGCCUCAGAUGAACAACAAGGGCAACUACAUUGUCUCGCUGUCGCGUGUGACUGCCUGGCUGGCCGAGCAGGCCGAGGCGCUCGGUGUUGAGGUCUACCCCGGUUUCGCAGGAGCCACCCCCAUCUACACCGAGGACGGCACCGGUAUCAAGGGUGUGACCACUGGCGAUGUUGGUCUGGACAAGAACCUGCAGCCCAAGGACUCGUACGAGCCCGGUAUGGAGUUCCACGCCAAGGUCACUCUCAUUGCCGAGGGUGCCCACGGCUCGCUCUCCAAGGUUCUCCAGAACAAGUUCAACCUCCGUGAGGGCAAGGACCCCCAGACCUACGGUCUCGGUAUCAAGGAGGUCUGGAAGGUCAAGGACGAGGUGUACCGCCCGGGAGAGAUUGUUCACACCAUGGGCUGGCCCCUCGACUACAAGACCUACGGCGGUUCGUUCCUCUACCACAUGGAGGACAACAUGGUCACUCUUGGUCUUGUCAUUGGUCUCGACUACCCCAACCCUUACCUUUCGCCCUACCGCGAGUUCCAGCGCAUGAAGCACCACCCUCUCUUCGCCAAGGUCCUCGAGGGCGGUGAGUGCAUCGCCUACGGUGCGCGUGCCCUCAACGAGGGUGGUCUCCAGUCGAUCCCCAAGCUCUACUUCCCCGGUGGUGCCCUCAUCGGCUGCUCGGCUGGUUUCCUGAACGUGCCCAAGAUCAAGGGUACCCACAACGCCAUGAAGUCGGGUAUGCUCGCCGCUGAGGCUGCCUACGAGCAGCUGACCAGCGGUGCUGCUGAGGAGGACAAGCCCGUCGACAUGUCGGGCUACGAGAAGGCGAUGGAGGACUCGUGGGUGUACAAGGAGCUCAAGGAGGUCCGUAACCUCCGCCCAUCGUUCCACAACCCCCUCGGCAUGUGGGGCGGUAUGGCCUACUCGGGUGUCGACUCGCUCCUUCUCAAGGGCCGCGUCCCCUUCACCUUCCACCACCCCGAGGAGGACUUCCAGGCCACCAAGCCCGCUGCCCAGUUCAACGAGAUCGAGUACCCCAAGCCCGACGGCAAGCUCUCGUUUGACAUUCUCACCUCGGUCUCGCGCACUGGUACCAACCACGCCGAGAACCAGCCCGUCCACCUCCGCCUCCCCACCGACCCCGAGGCCAAGGCCCGCCACACUGCCGAGAACGUCACUAAGUACGCCGGUCUCCUUGGCCGUGUCUGCCCCGCCUCCGUGUACGAGUACCAGGACGCCGAGGGUGCCGAGGUCGACGCCGUUGGCAAGAAGUUUGUCAUCAACUCGCAGAACUGCAUUCACUGCAAGACCUGCUCCAUCAAGGUGCCCACUCAGGACAUCACCUGGACCGUUCCCGAGGGCGGCGGUGGUCCCAAGUACACCAUCACCUAA